AUACAAUAGAAGGCGUUUCUGCUGCGCAGGUUCGGCUUUGUCGCAUGUAUGCUUCCGAUUGGGCUCAAAGGAAACGCUGUUUCUAAGAGGACGUCCAGGCAACAGCCUCAGUUCAAAGCCAGCUAUCUGACAUCGGGCACAGCAGCACAGUACUUGGAGACCACCGGUAGGGCAGUGAGCAUUGAGAAAUACCGGAGAAUAAAAGCGACGCGUCGAUUGGUUCCACUUUUUUUCAGUAUCUCGGAGUUGUCCCAGGUUUUUCCGUUCGAUUAGAAAAUAUAUAACCGUGCUUUCGUCCGACAGUUUGGAACAUGGGGAAGUUCCAUUGCGAUGUUUGCUCGUCGGAUUGUACUAGGAGAAUCCGCAUAAGUUGCGCAGAGUGUCAGGACUACGACUUGUGUGUGCCGUGCUUUGCUGCAGGUAAGGUUUCCGGAAAACACCAGCCAUGGCACGACUACAGAGUGAUCGAGCAGCACCAGUACCCCAUUUUCGACAAGGACUGGGGUGCAGACGAGGAGUUGUUGCUCAUAGAGGGGUGUCAGACCCUAGGGGUGGGCAAUUGGCAGGAUGUUGCCGAUUACAUCGAGGGCAGGUCCAAGGAAGAGGUGGGUGAACAUUACGAGAAGUAUUAUCUGAACUCGCCGUACUAUCCUCUACCAGACCUAAACCAGACUUUCCCCGAGGUUUCGACCACGGAGUUCUUGAAGAGAAGAAGACAGAGGUUUGAUGGCCGCAAAAAGAUGCCGCUUCCUCCACCGAAGAAGAUCCUUACUUCCCAGCCCUUGUGCUCUCACAUCCAGAAGUACAUGCCCGGGAGAUUGGAAUUUGAGGAGGAAGCAGAAGACGAGGCAGAGAAAGUUGUCCAAGAUAUGGUCUUUGACACCGACGAGGCAGAAGAAGACGUGGAGUUGAAAUUGUUGAUUCUCCAAAUUUACAACGAAAAGUUGUCUUUAAGAGCAGAACGUAAGAGGUUGAUGUUGAAGGAUGACUUGCUGGACUACAAGAGCAACAACGCCAUUGACAAGAAACGCUCAAAGGAAGAACGGGAGUUGUAUACGAGGAUUAAGCCUUUCGCAAGAAUCAUGAGCUCGUCAGAUUUCAAGGAAUUCUCAGACGACAUCAUGAACGAGUUCAAAAUUAGAAAUAGGAUCAUGCAAUUACAGAACUGGAGGCGAAACGGCAUUACUCUACUUGAAGAUGGUGAAUUUUACGAAAAGGAAAAGAUGUCAAGGGUAUCUAAAUUAACCCUAUCUUCUCCAAACAUCUCAUCCAAAGAACGACAUACCCUCAACUCAGGCAGAUCCCAUUCUAGAAUGUCUACGCCAACGGAUGGCAAGUUGAAGAGAAGAAACAUCUCUGCAGAUCCGUUAGACAUAUCUGACGCUCCAGACUACAAUCUACUUUCUGAUGGAGAAAAGCUAUUAUGUCAAGAAUUGAGAAUCUAUCCUAAACCUUACCUUUGCAUCAAAGAGCUUUUGUUCAAGGAACUCCUCAACUCUGGCGGUGUACUGAACCAAGAAAAGGUUGGCUCAAUCAUCAAGCUCGAGCCUUCCAAGACUUCCCGCAUAUACCACUAUUUUGUCAAACAAAAAUGGUGCCAGGUCAGCUAGACUUGACUGGUUCCUUUAUUUUUGGCUUGAUAUCUAUCCUUCUUACGACAUCAAUUGUAUAUUAAAACUGUAUUUUAUAUCUCUGUUUAUAUAUUGUGUAUAUGUAUAUGUAAACCCCCCAUAACUUGAAUUAGAG